CGAGGAGUGAUGCUGAGGGGGCAGGGAAGCCAAAAAUGGAUUCUUGCGUCCUUGCUCCUUCCGGAGUAACUGAGGCCUAAGGACCAAAAAGUACAAAUAAAUCCAAAAAUGGCUGAAUGAACGUGUGGGUUUUUGGGAGACUUGUGCAACUUUCUCACUGCAGUAGGUGGCACCAUUGCCUUGAUUUUGGCUGAACCCAUUGUGCCGGGUAAGUACUGGCAGGAAAUCCCAGCGCUGUAGCCUAAACUGGGAAGUUACAACCAAAAUUAAACAAAUGCAGAAGGGUAAAUCACUUUUACAUUGCAGUCGCUACCUACAAGUCAAACAAGCUCCAGGCAAAAGAGGCUUUUUUUUUUCUUAUUCAGGAUCUCAGUCUUGUAGCUAAGAGUCAGGAAACCUUUGGAUCAGGCCCCUCAAAGUCCUGAGUAGAGAGACAGUUUUGCCUCUCCUUUUUCUGGAGUGACCUCAAAGUUUCAACAUGAAUUUUUUGCAGAAACAAUAUAAAAUUUUGUGCUUGGUUUAUUCAGCAAGAGGGGGCAACGAAGAAAAUUCUUCUUGCCGGCAAGGAAUUUUCUGCCUCCAAACCUCUGCCAAAGGAGCACAAUUUUGCCCAAGAAAUGGGAGUGGCAAAGUUUAGCAUUCCAUGUGUACUUUCAUCCUCCUUUAAUUAGCAGAGUUAAGAAACUGUGAUGGCUUCCUAGCUUGUCUUCUGUUCAUCUGGCUUGGCUCUUCAAGGAAGCUGCGGCUAUCGAAGUUGCUGUAACCACAAGGUGUUCUUCUGAGUUGCUCAGAAACCUUCUCUGUCCUGUGACUUUAAGAGGCAAAGGGCCAGAGGAGGAGAACUGGCAGAGAGAAUCAGCCUGGCAUUUGAUAGGAGAAAACAAACCGGUCUGCCCUUCAGAUUCUGGAUCUCAAGAGUUGUUCCUAGAGAAAGCUGUAGAUCAGAAGGUGUGCCUUUGACAGAAAGUUCCUUAAAAAAAAAAAACCUGCUUUUCUAAAGCAACUUGUUCUGCAGAUCCUCAGAUAUAUUCCAGUUCUUCUUUCUCUCUUUCCUGGCUUCCUGCUAUCAAUCCUCUCUUUUCACCCACCGCAAGGAUUUGAGUUUUCUUGGUGAGGACUGUGAGUUUUAUGUUUUGCUGUUGUGUUUGCUUGGUGCAUGGCUUGGUAAGUGACAUCUGGUAGCCAUCCCAGCGUGGCAGAGGGUAAAACUCUUUUAGGAAACACAACGAUCCACACGGGUGGCUGAGUUGACUCCAAAGUGAGCCUUGGAGGUCUUGAUCUUGGGCGAACGUGUGUGGUGGGUCGCCGUCUAAACCGCUUUUUGCUGAGCUCAAAUAGGCCAGUUUAUUUUCCUUUCUAAGUUGAGGUCCUGGCAAGCAACAAGUCAUUUUCAUCCUGAAGGUGCUUUUAGGAAAGGAUUCUUCCAGAACAAUGACCAUUGGAAUUUAAGCAGGACAAGAGACACCAAGGGAUGGGAAUUAUCCAGGACAGUUAUGUUCUACUUUGUGCAAAAUGUGUCUGUUGCAAACUGGACCAGAAAGAGCUUAUGAAGAUUCCACUAGAUUGAAAUCAGAACAAUUGAUGUAAGAGGUAGAAAGACCCACAAGGUGAGACUCUACUUGAGUAGCAUUCAACUCGUGGGUGAUAAUUUCUCCCUGGAUCCUGUUAUGAUCUGUCCUUUGGUUUUAAAAGGGGAGAUUGUGCCAGCAACCCAGGGCAAAUUCCGUAAAUCAGUCUUUGAGCAUGCUGGGCUAGGAUGCACCAGGAGAGUCCUUGCCACAAGACCUCUGACUCUUGAUGUCUUUUUCAGUUGAAGGACAGGACUUUGGCGUCAUGCCUUUCAGGCACUGGCUUCCCCAGAUGGGGGUCCAGUACAGUCGAGUGAAGGCCAGAACCCCUAGAGGGAGAAGCAGGGGGGCUGCAUCGCUGGCAAGACACCUGGAUCUCAUGUUGGGGAGAAGCCAACUCCUCAAAAGAAUAUUUUACCUAGAUCAGAUUCGGUGCUCCUUGGCAUCUCCACUCAGGAACUUCACCCAUUACCAGGGAAUGUCACAAGAGGCAACAUCUCGGCCUGCUUCCCCCAAGUCAAACCAGCGAGUGCCGAAGAACGUAGCAACUUCUGAAGCCAUCCAAAAACACAAGAAAAGCCUGGCGGAUUGGUUUUGCCGGCAGCCCAAUGAGGAGAGGCAGUUUGGGCCUUCCUUUGCUCUGGAUGCUACCCACAUUGAUCCAGUGAUCCGGGAAAGUUCCCUGGAGGAAAUCCUGAAACCAUCCACGGAUCUGACAAUCCAGAACCAACUCCAGGCUUCUUGCUGUCAUACCAUUGGUCUCCAGAACCUUUUUGACGAGGAUCCCUGUGGGCAAGAAGUGAAGAAUGUGGUCCUCUAUGGAACGGUGGGCACUGGAAAAAGCACCCUCAUCAAGAAGAUGGUGAUGGACUGGUGUCAUGGGCACCUUCCUCAUUUUGAGCUGCUCCUUCCCUUCUCCUGUGAAGACCUUUCGCAGGGCAACAGCCCCGUGUCUUUGCGCCGUCUAGUGACCAAGAAAUACCUCCACCUCCGGGAUGUGGCUCCACUGCUUGGCUCCAGCAACCUCAAGGUGCUCUUCAUCCUCAAUGGCCUUGACCGCCUCAAUCUGGACUUUCGCUUGGCCCGCACUGAGCUUUGUGGUGACCCCAAUGAACCCACCUUGCCAGCUGCUAUUGUCGUCAACCUGCUCAGGAAGUACAUGAUGCCUGAGGCCAGCAUCAUUGUCACUACUCGCCCUUCGGCGGCACGUCGAAUCCCCAGCAAGUUUGUGGGACGCUACGUUGAAGUCUGUGGCUUCUCGGACCUCAACCUCCAGAAGCUUUACUUCCAGAUGCGCCUAAGGCAGCCGGAGUGUGUCAGAAUCGCUGGUCCCCCCACGGCAGAGCAGGCAAAUGAGCAGGACAACCUUCUGGAGAUGCUGUCAAGGAAUCUGGAGCGGCACAACCAGAUUAUGGCUGCCUGCUUCCUUCCUUCUUAUUGCUGGUUGGUGUGCACUACCUUGCACUUCCUUUAUUUUACCAAGACGGUUCCUCCAACUCAAACUCUGACGGGGAUCUACACCAGUUUCCUACGGCUCAACUUUAGUGGGGAAGUGCUGGACAGCACCGAUCCCUCCAACAUCUCCAUGAUGAAGUAUGUGGCCAAGACGGUGGGCAAGUUGGCCUAUGAAGGGGUGAUGUCUCGACAGACUUGCUUUACUGAGAAGGAUCUCCGCCGCUGUUUUGAGGUAGAGAUGAAGACGGAGAGUGAGCUUAACCUCCUGAACACCUUCCGGAGCGACGUUCUCCGCUUCUUCUUGACCCCCUGUGUUCAAUCAGGCAAGGAACACACUUUUGUCUUCACUAUCCCCGCCAUGCAAGAGUACCUGGCAGCUCUUUACGUGGUCUUGGGGGAGAAGAAGACCCUGGUGCAACGGGUGGGCAAGGAAGUCUCUGAAAUUAUUGGAAAAGUCGGCGAAGAUGUGGCCCUGGUGCUCAGCGUGGUCUCCAAAUUCUUGCCGUUGCGCAUCCUGCCCCUUCUCUUCAACCUCAUCAAGAUCUUCCCCCGCUACUUCAGCCGGUUUAGUACCAAGGACCGUGAUACCAUUGCUCGCACUAUGGCAGUGGAGAUGUUCAAAGAGGAGGACUACUUCAAUGACGAUGUCCUGGACCAGAUCAACUUCAGCAUUCUUGGGGUGGAAGGCCCCAUGCGCCACCCAGAUGAAGCUUCCGACGAUGAGGUCUUUGAACUUUUCCCCAUCUUCAUGGGUGGGUUGCUGUCACGGCGUAACCGGGCCAUCUUGGAUCAACUGGGCUGUCCUAUCAAGAAUCUGGCUGCUUUUGAGAUUGCCAAGGCCAUGAAGAAAACGGUCAUCCGGAAUAGCCGUAAGGGCUUGCCGCCAUCCGAGCUGAUGGACUAUCUCUUCUUUUUACACGAGUUCCAGAACGAACGUUUCACAGCGGAGGCUAUCCAGUCCUUGAGGACCAUCAACCUUUCUUCGGUCAAGAUGACCCCUCUCAAAUGUGCAGUCCUGGCUUCAGUGGUGGGCACCACGAGCCACAGCGUCGAGGAGCUAAAUCUUGCCUCUUGCCAUCUCGAUGUCGGCAGCCUGAAGACCCUCUUCCCUAUUUUGCUACGAUGCAAGAAACUCCAUUUGCAGCUCAACAGUCUGGGUCCAGAGGCGUGCAAGGAGAUCCGGAAUCUGCUUCUGCAUGACAAAUGUGUGCUCGACACCUUGCGACUUGCGGAUAAUCCAUUGACUGAGGAGGGGGCUCUCUAUCUAGCUGAAGGCCUGGCUGGCAACAGCUCAUUGAGAAAUCUCUCACUCCUUCACACCUCCCUGGGGAAUCAGGGCGUGAAGGUGAUCACCCAGCACCUGGCUCAGAACCAGCACCUACAGGAGCUUGAUGUGGCCUACAAUUCGCUGACUGACGAAGCUGCGUUGGCCCUGGUCGAGGAGGCCAAGAGACACGCAACGCUGGAAAAAGUGCACUUGUACUUCAACGAGAUCAGUGAAGAAGGCAAGCAAGCCCUGCACGAAUUGCGCAAGAACCAGGACGGCCUCCGCGUGCUCAUUUACCUGACCAUAGGAGCAGAUGUGUCCGACUACUGGGCCAUCAUCCUGAACGUGGUCCAGAAGAACCUGCCCAUUUGGGACCGGGACCGGGUGCAGCAACAUCUGGGGCUGCUCCUGGAAGAUCUUCAGUGCAGCCGCCGACAGACAGUCAACCCCUGGAAGAAACUCAAGUUCAUGAGAGUGGAAGGGGAGGUCAAGAGGAUGCUGGGUCACAUGCAGAGAGGCACCCUUUGACCCUUGGUUCCAGGACCACUGACAACGCAGGCUUCCUACCAGGCAUUGAAACACCGGUUGAUUCAGAUGCCACAGUGAAUCUACUUGGCUACCAUGAUUAUUGGACGGGGUUGGCUAAGUUGGCCCUUCAGGGCUCUUCUCAUGUUGUUAGGAAACUAAGUUGGCAGGUACCGUAGACUAGAGGUAAUUCAAUCUUGACAACUUUAAGACUUGUGGGCUUCAACUCCCAGAAUUCUCCAAUCAGUUGGGGAAGGGCUGUGCUGGCUGGGGAAUUCUGGAGUUGAAGUCCACAAGUCUUAAAGUUACCUCUUUGUAGAAACAUCUGCCAAGGAAAGACGGAUUAAUAUAUCCAUCUCACAUUACCAGGUGGAGGAUUCCUGCCUUAAUCUCAUCUCUAUAUUUGCUGAUUAAAAUUAGCUUUUGCCACCUGUUGCCUUCCAGGCAGGUUGGACUACACUGCCCAUCACUUCCAGACUGCCCUGGGCCCAGACUGAUACAUCCGGAGAACAGUAAGUUGGAGAAGGAGGAUUCAUACAAGACGUUCGUGCUUUUGCAGAACAUGGUGUGCAUUUUCUUUUUAAAAAAAAUUACAAACAACACAGAAACUGUUGGCAAGAUCCCUUUGUCAUUUGGUGCUGUGCAUCCUUGUGGCAAACUCAGUGGUGAUUUUCUCCCCCAUAGUUUAUUCCGGGGGAGGAAAGGAUGGUAGUUGCAAUGGAUGCUCGAUUAUACAUUUAGUCCUCAAUUUACGAUAAUUGAGUGCAACAUUUCUGUUGCUAAGCGAGACAGUUAUUAAAAAGUGAUUUCUGCCCCCAUUUUCUUGCAACCAUUAUUAAGUAAAUCACUGCAGUUAAAUUGAAUGCGCCCCCCCCUUGACUUUGCUUGUCAGAUGGUUGCAAAAGGGGAUCCCGUGAUCCUAGGGCAUGGCAACCGUCAUAAAUAUGAGUCAGUCGCCAAGGGUUUGAAUUUUGAUCAUGUGACCAUGGGGUCGUAAAUGUGCAAAACGGUCAAAAGUCGCUUUUUCCAGUGCUGUUGUAACUUUAAACGGUCACUAAAUGAAAUGUUGUAAAUCGAGGAUCACUUGUAAAAGGGAUCUUACCGGUUGGUCAGGGGUAGGCAACUUUGGCUCUUUUAUGACUCGUGGACUUCAACUCCCAGAAUUCCUCUCCCUUUUCCCUCAGCAUGGCUGACUCAGGAAUUCUGGGAGUUGAAGUCCACGAGUCAUAAAAGAGCCAAGGUUGCCUACCCCCAGGUUAGGUGAUAUUUAGCCGAAUGUGCUAGCAAGAAUGCAGAUUUUUUUUUUAAAUGCUUGCUUUGAUGGGGUUGACGAGAAGAGUUGAAGCUGACUCAGCGUUUCCCCAUGUCUGCAAUACAAACAGAAGUGGUUAUUCUCUCUAUCCCUCCCAUUGCAUCCUUUCUCUCUCACUCCUUCCGUCGGUACAACACUCCAAAUAACGGGUGAUUGGCUGGAUUCUUUUGCAGAAAUGCAGAGAAAGGAGGCAGUAAUGUGUUACAACAUGUGAUACGAUCUUGUUGUUCAUCUCAGCCAGAUUUCUAGACUGGGUUUAAGAUCCCAACAACAUGGACCAAAUCAGGGAUUUAAAAAAGGGUUGACUCGUCGCUGGGGUGGAAUUGUUUGCCUUUGUGCCUUGAGAAAACUCAAAGCUUGUCCUUGUUGUACGACCCGUUUGGGAUUGGAACUUCUUUCACUAAGCGAAGCAGGUGCUAAGGGAGUCAAAGGCAACGUUAUGACUUUUUUUGCCAUGUCGCUAAGCAAAUCGCAAGGUUGUUAAGUGAGUGCAGCUCUCCCUUCCUGACUUUGCCUGUUGCGAACUGCCCUGAUUUUGAUCACAUGACCUCAGGGAUGCUGUGAUGGUCAUAAAUGCCAUCACCGUCAUAACUUUGAAUAGUCACUAAUCGAACGAUCGUUAAAUCGAGGCCUAGCUAUACACCCAGGGCUUAUACGUCCUGUUUCUAUAGCCAGAAAAAAAUAAACAAAUAUGCAUUGGAUAUUAAGUGCGCAAUUGGAGACCAGCUACCACAAGGUGAGAAUUGGAAGGACUGUUUCAUACAGAAUAAAUUAACAUUGUUCUGCUGAGCGGAAGCAGGUUCGGCAAACAUUUUUUUGAGAAGAUGGACGUCUCUGAGCUCUGAUGUUUGCACAGAGCCUGCCAGUCGAGGGGCAGUCUAUCUUGAAAUGCCAACUACCAGGGACAGACAAGGUGGGUUUGUCGUGAACACUUUCACUUUGGUUCCAAUUGCUCUCAUAAACACAAGUGCGCUCACAACUGCUGGACUCCGGAGGAGUAGCCAAGAAUAUAUAUUUCCCGGUUGUAACAAAGGCAUUAAAAUAAACUUCCAGCUAAUGUUUUACA